AUCAUUUCAUACCUGAGGUGCCGGACACACCGGUUGUCAGGUGUGAAGAGAUCGUCCAUGUAAUGUAAAACUGAAGAAGGCUUCUCGUCUCUGUCGAUGUGUCAACACCAGUUUUAUGUAGCAAAACCCGCCCUGAAGAGGUCAAAACAAGGCACGCAGCCAAGCCACGGGUUUAUAUCGCAUCAUUAACCGCUUGUUGGUAAUGUCACUUCCUGUUUCGCACCAAGCAGUGUGACGGUUUGUGCCAGGAUGAGGAGAGAUCUUCGGGGGGCACUGCUCCUGCUGCUAGCUGUGCAGUCCAGCAGCAUGUCUGCACCAGGGAAACCGGUCCUGCUCAGCUGCAGGUCCCCAGAGAAGGAGACGUUCACCUGCUGGUGGGAGCCAGGCUCUGACGGGGCGCUGCCCACCACCCACCACCUGUAUUACGAGAGAGAAAGAUUGGAGGGGACGUACGAGUGUCCGGACUAUCUGUCAGCUGGGAGGAACUCCUGCUUCUUUGACAAGAACCACACCUCCAUCUGGGUCGACUACUACCUGACUGUAAUGGCCUCCAAUGCCCUCGGUAAUGCCACUUCAGACCCCUUCAAGAUGGAUGUGAUGGAAAUCGUGAAGCCCGAUGCUCCUGGAAAUGUAACGCUGCGGGUGGAAGAGAGAGAGGCCAGUCCAUGUCUCCACGUCAGAUGGAUGCCUCCCUCUAACACAGACACCAAGUCCGGUUGGGUCACUAUUAAAUAUGAACUAAGGGUCAAAAAAGAUAACAGCAACAACUGGAAGGAGUACACGUCAGGCACGCAAACUCACUUCAGCCUGUACAGCGUCAGUCCUGGGGGGGUGUACACGGUGCAGGUCCGCUGCUUACUAGAUCACGGCUCCUGGAGCGAGUGGAGCAACACCACCUUUGUGAAAAUCUCCAACUAUCUUCAGAAUGAGAGACCGUUGUCGAUGUUGAUUUCUAUCCUCUCUGCCAUCUUAUUCAUAAUGGCAGGGUUGAUUUUAAUCGCGAAGAGGAAAUCGGUAAAGCAGUGGGUUCUCCCUCCUGUUCCUGGUCCAAAGAUAAGAGGAAUCAAUUCUCAACUUCUCCAGAGUGGGGGAUCUGACGACGUCGGCAAUGCCCUGAUCAUCAAACAGAGCUUUCCUCCUAUUUACUUUGUCUGGGAGGACCAGAUGGAGGAUUACCUAAUUGUGACUGAAAAUGAAGAUUGGCUUUCGUCCAACUCUCAGAAAAGGAAGAAAAGCUUGAUUCCUGCUUGCUUCCACUUCGAUUCGGAAAUCCAUUCUAAACAGUCACCCUGCCACCAAAAUGACUGGGAAAAGGAUGAGGAAAUGAGCCAAGUGGAUAACAACAACAAACCAUUCACAAACACAGGUUAUGUGGAUUUUCAGAGACAUGUGGAAAACGUACAGGAGGCAGAUGUGAAGCAUGUGGACUACAGCAGAGUUAAAGAGGUGAAAGGUGACAAUGUUCUUUUCCUCGAGAAAGAAAAGGUCCAGAGCUCUGGCUACAUGGACUUUCAGAGACAAGAGGGAAUACCAGAGGACUACAGCAGGGUGAAAGAGGUGGAGAGUGAUCAUUUGGUCGUCCUGCAGAAACAGAAUGCAGCUGACAUGUCCUGUAAAGACGAGGGAAACCACUACACAGACUGUGCCCUUCACAAGCCAAGAAAACCUCAUGUAUGCACAGAACUCAGCGAUAGUGGAUAUGUAGAUACAAUCCCUGCACCACCUUUGAUGUAAAGUUUUUGUUUUAUAUUCAGUGUACAAAUAUAAAAGUAAUAUGUCCUGAUUUAUUGUUGAGAGUUAAAGAAAAAGGCUGCAAAUAUUCUAUAUUUGUUGUCAUAAUUAUUGUCUGGAUUGCAUUGAAAUUUGGAACAGACAUUCAUGUUCAACAGAAGAUAAACCGACCUUUUCCUUUUUACAACAUCCAUGAUAUUGAUAUUUUAGUGUUAGAGUGAAAAUGUAACAACCAUGGGAUAGAUUUCUGUAAAAUGUGUUAGAUUUUUAAAAGUUUUUUUUUUUAUGAUAUACUCUAAUGACAUUGACUGCUCUCCUGCUUCCAAUGAUUCAAACUAUUUACUUAUACAUUGAAAAAGCUUGAGAUCAAAAUUGUGCGGGUGCUAGUGGAGCCUCGCAGAUGGGGGUGCUCCAUGUAACGAUAGAGUAUUCCAAUGUCUUGACACGGGUGAUAUCUUUUUAUGAAUCUGUUUUUAAAGAAACAAAGAUAGCAGACAGUGCAUUUGAAAGGUUUGUUUAUUGUUGCACUUUUGUAUGGCUGAGUGUAAGCCCUGGAUUGCCUCAGUUUAAGGACAAAAGAAGAGUGCAUGCAUUUUGUUUUUCACUGGUUUAUUUUCCAUCUACUUUUUUCCAGCUCUGUCAUAAGAUGUUUUACCUCUUUUCCCCAAAUAAACAGUUUCUUCUAUAAUUCAA